AUGUCUGCCAGCCAAAAGCAAGAUCAAGAAUCAAUUAAAAAUGCAAGUCAAGACAAUGUUUUAACUGAUGAAGACUUAUGUCGCAUAAAAGAUUUUCAAAUUGGAGAAUUACCAAAAGAUUCAACUUACAUUCGUCCUUUUCGAGCCAUAUUUAUUGAUGAACGUAAUAAUAAUCCAGUAAAACGUAUGUGGGAUGCUAUUGAUGCUCAUAAUUCUGUUGUUAUUAUUGUUUACAAUCGAUCAACUGAUUCUCUUGUUUUUGUCCGGCAAUUUCGUCCUGCUGUUUAUGUUAUGAUGAGUAAAGAAGCACAGAAUGCUUCGUUCAUAGCUGAUAUUGAUUUUACAAAACAAAAUCCAAAAUCUGCUAUUACUUAUGAAUUUUGUGCUGGCAUUAUUGAUAAAAAGCAUUUAUCUAAUAAAGAACAUGCACAUGUUGAGCUCCUUGAAGAAUGUGGUUAUUCAGUUGAUAUUAAUUCAAUUGAAUCUGUAGCCAAAUAUCGAUCGGGUAUCGGUAUAGCUGGUGCAUUUCAAGAACUUUUCUAUGUUGAAGUAACAAAUGAAAUGAAAACAAAUGCCGGUGGUGGAAAUUUAUCGGAAUUUGAAUUUAUUGCUAUACACGAAGUUCAUGUUGAUGAGCUUUAUCAAUUUUUAUUUGAUGAAACUAAAGCUAAAGAAGCAUCAUUAAUGUUUGGUGUGAUGUGGUUCCUGCAUAAAAAAGGACGAUUACCUUAA